CUCUUCGAUUCCACCGCUGAAUAGAGAAUCUCUCGACUCAGACCAGCCUCGCUAUCUGACACAGAGGAAGAAGCGCACGAGCAACGAUGGCGUCUGGAUUCUCUGCUUGGCUCCGGUCUCCCGCGGCGAGGGAGUACUUUUUCAGCACUCACUUCUGGGGACCAGUCGCAAACUGGGGUCUCCCGCUCGCGGCCAUUGCCGACCUGAAGAAGGAUGAAGAGGUCAUCUCGGGCUCCAUGACGACGGCGCUUGCCUGUUACUCCACCGUCUUUUCCCGCUUCGCAUGGCGCGUCCAGCCGAGAAACUACCUGCUGCUCGCAUGCCACCUCACCAACGCAACCGCGCAGCUCGUCCAGCUCGGCCGCUUCUCCAAUUACCACUACUUUGGAGGGAAAGAGAAGAAGCUGGGCGUGCCCGCGCCGCAGGUGGCGUCGGCAUAAGCGGAAGGGAGGGCAUCACUUCACGACCCCGCAGUGUGACUGAGAGACGAAUUUUCCUCUCUGUCCCACCCUUCAUGUACCACCAUUGCGAUGAGCAAAUGUCAUCGGAUCUUUCAGCAGUG